AUGAAGAGAAAAACUUGUGACAAGUGUAAAAAGACUAUUUCAUCAAAAAACUUUUCGCGUCACUUGAAAAAAUGUUUCGGGGAACAAGUAAACACCAUCGAACCCCAGAGGCCAUGUGAUUUUUGUGGAACAUUGAUUACACUAUCACAUAGGACACGUCAUCUUAAGCGUUGCAGAGUGAAAAGUGAAAGUGAAUAUGCACCAGCUCCAAAGAAACUACGUCCAGCGGAUACACAACCAUCGACCAGCAUCACCCAACCUACUGCCAGCUCCAAUAUUGAUAACAUCAGAUCAUCAUUACUCAUCGAGGACCCUAACAACGCUAAAACCAAAAAUCCUAAACAAAGUUUGAAAAUAAUUGAAGUGGAAAAGGCGUUCAAGAACAGGAUGAAAACAUAUUUAAUUGAAAAUAAAUCACCCAUUAAAGAUACAAAGCAGUUUUUUCAACUUUCAAGAAACUUACUAAGUGAUAAGGUGCGUGAAAACUUGCAAAAGCACAACAUUAAAAUAAACUUUGUACUCUUGACUGAAUACAAAAAAAUAAGUAACGAUGAAGAAAUUAUGCAAGAAAUGAACUUCAAAACAAAAAACGUAACGUUAUAUCCUACUGAUGACAUCGAAGAACAGCUGCGAAGAAAGGAGGAAAAGAUUUUGAAAGAGAUGGAGGAAUUUCAAUCGAAAGGGUCGGGCUGGACUCUAAGUAAAAUUAUUAACAUUGAACUACGAAUCAACCGCUAUGUUCCUCUGAGAGGAUCGUCCUACAUCGAUUUACCGACACCAUUAAAACUAAAGAAAGCUAUCAUCAAUAUUCAAAACAACGACUAUAAAUGUUUCCUGUGGUCAGUGCUCGCAGCCAUUCAUCCAGUAGGGUUUAACGAGAACCCACAUAGAGUACAUAACUACAGACAAUAUGAACACGAGUUUGAUAGUGUUCUACAAGGGAUCGAAUUUCCGAUAGAUUUAAACAAUGUGAAGUUGUUUGAAAAGCGAUCUGGGAUAUCUAUCAAUGUAUACAGCUAUGAUGAAAAAUUUACAGUGUUCCCCCUACUUACAACCAACGAAGAAAAGGAGCUACAUGUAGACUUGCUUUACUUAAAAGACGGAAGAAAUUCACAUUAUUGUCUAAUUAAUGACCUUAGUAGACUCGUGCGCUCACAAAAAACAAAACACGAGAAUCGUAUUUGGCUAUGUAGGAGAUGUUUAUUACACUUUGGAACAGAAGAUUUGUUGGAGAUGCACAAGGAAUAUUGCAAAAAACAUGAACCAGUAAAAAUUAUAAUGCCGAAUGAAGGAGAAGUAUUGAAGUUUAAGGAUUACAACAGAAGUAUGAGAGUGCCAUUCACAAUAUAUGCUGACUUCGAAUGUAUGCUCAGCAAAAUACAGUCUACCAGCAAAGAAGAAGAAGACACGACAGGAUCGUACACGAAGAAAUACCAGAAACAUGAUGCAAUUAGUUUUUCUUAUUAUAUAGUAAAUGAAGAACACAAUUAUGGAACGCCAGUAACAUACUUUGGCGAGGAUGCACCCCGCAUGUUUGUAGAUAGGAUGCUCGAAGAGACGAAGAAAAUACGACAUCUAUAUUCUAAAGAAGCUGUCAAACCCAUGAUACUUUCAGAGGAGAAUCUUACUACUAUUUCAAUGGCUACUCAAUGUCACAUUUGUGGAGGAGAGUUUACAACACAAGAUCCAUUAGUUAGGGAUCAUGAUCAUCUGUCAGGAAAAUUCAGAGGUCCUGCACACAAUAGCUGUAACUUAAACUUUAAAAAACCAUCAUUUAUCCCAAUAUUUAUCCAUAACCUUUCUGGUUACGAUACUCAUAUAUUUAUUAAAAUGUUUGGAUUAAACAAUGAGACCAUCGAUGUUAUCCCUAACAACGAAGAACGAUAUAUUUCAUAUACUAUUCAUGUGAAAGGAGGUAUUGAUCUGAGAUUCGUAGAUUCAUUGAAAUUCAUGUCGAGUAGCUUGGGGGAACUAGUCAAAAACUUGACACCCUCUCAGUUCAAACAUACAUCAAAAUACUACUCAGGUAAACAGCUACAACUCCUGCUUCAAAAGGGUGUGUAUCCAUAUGAUGCAAUGGACUCAUUAGAUAAAUAUGAGCGUACAUCAUUACUACCAAAAACGGACUUUUACAACAAGUUGACCAUGUCUGAAAUUAAAGAAGAAGAUUACCAGCAUGCAAGUGAGGUAUGGAGGACUUUUGAGAUAAAGAAUAUGAAGGAAUAUACUCUCUUGUACAACAAGUCAGAUGUAUUGCAGUUAGCCGACGUCAUGGAAAAUUUUAGGAAUGUGUGUAUGCAGACCUACAAGCUCGACCCUGCAUGGUAUUAUACAGCUCCCGGACUAGCGUGGAGUGCCAUGUUCAAGACUACCAGGAUAGAACUAGAACUUUUAACUGAUUACAACAUGAUUUUGAUGAUUGGCAACGGAAUUCGGGGAGGUCUAUCACAAGUUUCAAACCGCUACGCAGCCGCCAACAAUAAAUAUAUGGAUGAGAAUAAUUAUGAUAAAGAUACUCCUUCAUCAUACCUAACAUAUCUUGAUGCCAACAACUUAUAUGGAUGGGCAAUGUGCCAACACAUGCCAUAUGCAGAAUUCAAAUGGGUUGAAGAUGCCCACCUUAUUGACGUAACAAAGGUUCCCGAUGAUAGUGACAUUGGAUAUAUCUUAGAAGUGGACUUGGAGUAUCCAAAAGAAUUGCACGAUCUACACUCUGAUUUCCCCCUAGCACCUGAACGCCGAAUUCCUCCAGGAUCCAGACAAGAGAAAUUGCUAGCAACAUUAUACGAUAAAGAAAAAUACGUCACACACUACAGAAACCUAAAACAAUAUAUGUCUCUCGGUUUGAAAGUAAAGAAAAUCCAUAGAGCAAUCAGCUUUAAACAAAAGAACUGGCUCAAACCCUACAUAGAUUUGAAUACCAACAAGAGAACAAGUGCUACAAAUCAAUUUGACAAGGACUUUUACAAACUAAUGAAUAAUAGUGUUUUUGGAAAGACGAUGGAAAAUGUUAGAAAUCGAGUAGACAUCCGGUUGGCAACGAAAGAAAAACAAGUAGACAAGUGGUUGGCACAACCCAACUUCAAGAGGAGAACGAUUUUUACAGAUCAACUGGCAGCUCUCCAUAUGAGUAAAACAAAACUGUUAUUUAACAAACCUAUUUAUUUGGGUAUGAGUAUCUUAGAUAUAUCAAAGACGCUAAUGUACGAUUUCCACUACAAUGUAAUAAAAGCUCGAUACAAGGACAAAGCUCAAUUACAAUAUACUGAUACAGACAGUCUGACCUAUCACAUACAAACCGAGGAUUUCUAUGAUGACAUGAAGAAGAUGAUAAAUUACUUUGACACUAGCGAUUAUCCACCAAAUCACCCCUGCUUCAGCACCACAAACAAGAAGGUUAUUGGAAAAUUCAAAGAUGAACUCAAAGGAAAAAUCAUGUAUGAACACGCAGGGUUAAGAUCAAAGAUGUAUGCAAGCAGAUCUGAAGAUGAACAUCUCAUAAAAAGAUGUAAAGGUAUAACCAAAUCAGUAGUGGAAAAUACCAUAUCUUUUCAAGACUAUAAGGACUGUUUAAAAACACGUGUUGACCGGUAUUGCAAGAUGAAUAUGAUAAGAAGCUACAAGCAUGAUUUAUACAGUGUUGAGCUAAACAAGAUUGCAUUAUCAGCUAAUGAUGAUAAAAGAUACAUCUUAUCCAAUGGGAUAAGCUCCUUACCGUGGGGACACUCAAAAAUCCCACAAGAAGAGUUCGUAGAGAUGGAAGAAGAACACUCACUUUCGACAGACUAA